AGUGAACACGCUUGGCGUCACACGUCGCACCUCGAGCGACGUAGCUCACCCCCUUCUGCCGACUAUGACCUCGCUCUCCGUUGAACAAGAAGACGCCGUGAUGCAGAAGGCAGCCAGCAAGCAAGCCAAGCGGGAACGCUUCGAAGCGGUCUGGCCAUUGAUCAGGAACGAACUCGACGAGUACAUGGCGUCAGAGACGAUGCCAUCUGAAGCUCGAGCCUGGCUCAAACGAAAUCUCGACUACAACACGCCAGGCGGCAAGCUCAACCGCGGCAUGUCAGUCGUCGACACCGUCGAGAUUUUGGCGGCUCAUCCCCUCUCGGAGACCGAAUACAUCCAAGCCGCUAUCCUGGGAUGGUGCAUCGAGCUCCUGCAAGCUUACUUUCUCGUCGCCGACGAUAUGAUGGAUCAGUCUAUCACGCGACGAGGCCAACCGUGCUGGUACAAAGUCGAAGGCGUCGGCAACAUCGCAAUCAAUGACGCCUUUAUGCUCGAAGCAGCAAUCUACUACUUGCUCAAGAAGCACUUCCGGUCACAACCCUACUAUGUCGACCUGCUAGAGCUCUUCCACGAUGUCACUCUCCAGACUGAGCUCGGUCAGCUCAUAGAUCUCAUCACAGCACCCGAAGAUUCUGUCGAUCUGUCCAAGUUCAGUCUGGAGAAACACCAUCUCAUCGUCGUCUAUAAGACGGCGUACUACUCCUUCUACCUUCCCGUCGCGCUCGCCUUCCAUUUCGCAGGUAUCACAGAGCCGCAAGCUUUCGACAAGGCGAAGGCGAUACUGAUACCCAUGGGCGAGUACUUCCAAGUGCAAGACGAUUAUCUCGACUGCUAUGGAACACCGGAGCAGAUUGGCAAGAUUGGCACCGACAUUCUCGACAACAAAUGCAGCUGGCUCAUCAACACUGCACUCGCCAUUGCUUCGCCAGAACAGCGCGCUGUGCUCGACGCAAACUACGGCAGAAAGGACGCUGAUGCAGAGCAGCAAGUCAAGCAGAUCUACGUUCAGCUCGAUCUGGCUACCCGCUUCGAGUCCUACGAGGCUCAAUCGUACAAGCAGAUCAAUGCUGCCAUAGACGCCGUUGAUGAGAGCAGUGGUGUCAAGCGAGACGUCUUCAGGGCUUUCCUCGCGAAAGUGUACAAGCGCACAAAGUGAUCCUUUAGCCAUUGCAUGCAUUCUAGAGAGUCUAUCUGCGCUCGCCUAUGCGCGUUCCAACACGCACGAGGGUCUCUAUAGCAUGCGAGGAAUUGAGAAGCAAGUCUUCAUCGAACUUGACAGCGCCCGCCUUGAAGAGCAACAGGAUCGUCGAGCCGCCAAAUUUGAAGUAGCCGACCUCGUCUCCCUUGUCGAGCUGAUCGCCGACUUGACGAGUCUGACAGAUCGAUCCUACGAGCAUCGCGCCGACGCAGAUAUAGUAGACUCGACCGAACGCUUCGGUUUCGAUCGCGACAUUCUCUCUGACGUUGUCCGUAUAGAUCCCCACUGAAGAUCGCACCGACAUGGGGUUGACUGAAUAAUACUCUGUG